AUGUCCACUCUCCGCCCAGAGACACCGCCAGACGAGGAGAAGAAGGACGUUUUCGCCGCAGAUGUGCGCCCCGUCACUGAGCUCGAGUCGGGGGCGGUCAAAGAUGGGAGCCUGAUCUACGACAACAUUCCGGAGGGGGUCGAUCCCAAUCUAGUACGGGAGGAGAAGGUCAUCCGCGGUCUCAAACAGCGACAUGUCCAGAUGAUGGCGCUGGCCGGAGCUAUCGGUACUGGUCUCUUCCUCGGCUCGGGUCGAACUAUCCGCCGUACCGGUCCUGCCGGAGCUCUCAUCGUCUACACCGUCAUCGGCGGCCUUGUCAUGUGCGUCAUGGGGUCCAUCGCCGAGAUGUCUGCUCUCGCUCCCGUCUCUGGAGCCUUCGUCCGCCACGCCGAGCUGUUUGUCGACCCCGCCCUGGGCUUCACUAUCGGAUGGUCGUGCUUCUACGGUAGCGCAGUGUCGGUCCCGGCAGAAUGGACAGCGGUUGCGGUUAUUGUCAGCUAUUGGAGUGACCUCAACCCUGGGAUCUGGAUCGCUAUCUGCAUUCUCGUGACAUUCGCUACCAACCUCUUCUUCAUCCGCAUCUACGGCGAGGUCGAAUUCAUCUUUGCCCUACUCAAGAUCGCCCUUCUCAUCGGUCUCAUCCUCUUCGGCCUCAUCUACGAUCUCGGCGGUAUCCCUGGGAAGGAGCGUAUUGGAUUCCUGUACUGGCAGAAUCCGGGGCCGUGGGGACAGGGGUACUAUUGGCCUGGCGAGGCGAAGGGUCAAGCGGCUGGCUUCUUCAUCUCCCUCAUCAACGCAGUCUACUCAUACUCUGGGGUCGAGACCCUCGCCAUCGCUGCCGCCGAGACCAAGAACCCCCGUCGUAACAUCCCCAAGGCCGCCAAGAAGGUCUUCAUCCGCGUCGUCGUCUUUUACUGCCUCACCAUCUUCGUCGUCGGUCUGAUCGUCCCCUCCGAUCUCCCUGCCAUCGCCAGCAAUUCUGGUACCGCCAAAACCUCCCCCUUCACCCUCGCUGCCCAGGCUGCCGGCGUCAAGGCACUCCCCUCCAUCAUCAACGCCGUCGUCAUCACCAGCGCCUGGAGCUCGGGCAACCACGGGAUGCUCACCGGGUCUCGGGCACUCUACGCUCUCGCCCUCGAGGGUCAAGCGCCCAAAAUCUUCAGGCGCAUCUCCCGCUUCGGUAUCCCCUACGUCGCGGUCAUCUUCCAAGGAUCCUUCCAACUUCUCGCAUUCAUGGCCAUCGGGUCCGACGGGGCAUCUCAGGCGUUCGAGUGGCUCACCAACAUCAACUCGUCCAACACACUUUGUAUCUGGAUCGUCAUCGGUAUCUGCAACUGGCGUAUGCGCAAGGCGAUGCAAGUCCAGGGAGUCAGCCCAGAUAGGCUACCCUACAAGGCGCCCGGUGGGUACUGGCUCUCUCAGAUCACCAUCUGGGCGUCGACCUUCCUUAUCCUCAUCGGUGGCUUCUACUCCUUCCUUCCCGGCAACUGGGAUAUAGCAGACUUCAUGUCAAGCUACUUCUCUUUAAUCUUCAUGUUUGUCUUCUACUUCGGUUACAAGUUCAUCAAGAAGACCAAGAUUGUCCCCCUCGAAACAUCCCCCGUUCUCCAAUUCAUGCUCAUCGCCGAGGCCAACCCCGAGGACGAGCCGACUCCAUCGAAGGGUGCUAAAGGGUGGUUUGCCAAGUUCUGGUGGGACUGA